AUGGCAACACCCCGCUCGGCCGCACGGCCACUGGCCGCAUGGAAACUCGCGCUGCGGCAGACUCGCGCCUCCAAGGUGCAGCGCCGCUGCUUCGCCGAGCUGGCGAAUCGCCAGCCCAGAGCUCUGCACGCCAACGGCCUGAUCAAGCAAAACAGCAAAGUCCACAACGCCAUCAAGACGUACCCGCCGCCGCCGACGGCGGCCGCGCGGUGCAAGGACCCGAUCGCGGCGGUGACCAAGGCGCAGCUGGCGACGCUGGACCCGACGGGGGCGCGGGCGCACCUCUUCGCCAAGACGAACCUGGAGGGGGCCAAGGUGGGCGACGUGCUGCUCGUGCGGCAGCGCAACGGCGACCCGUUCGCGGGCGUGUGCCUCAACAUCCGCCGGCGCGGCGUCGACACGGCCGUGCUGCUGCGCAACCAGCUCACGCGCGUCGGCGUCGAGAUGUGGUACAAGGUCUUCAGCCCCAACGUCGAGGCCGUCGAGGUGGUGCAGCGGCGCGAGAAGAGGGCCCGGCGGGCGAGGCUGUACUACAUGCGCAAGCCGAAGCACGAUCGCGGCAGCGUGGAGAAUAUCGUCAGGCAGUACCAGAGGCAGAGGGCGAUGCUGAGGAGUGGCGGUGGUGCGGCGAGGGGGAGGGGUGCGAAUGCUGGGAAGAAGUCGGGCAAGAAAGGGAAAUAA